GCGCGACGGCAGUUCGGCCACGUCCCUGGCCACGUCGCGCCCGCUCCCGCCAUCUUUCGCCGCUUCCUCACUCAGGGGCUGUCGCCGCGUCCUGAGUCGCUGCCGAGCUCCGGUGCCGCUUUGCCGCGCCGACUGCCACCACCAUGAACAUCUUCCGGCUGACUGGGGACCUGUCCCACCUGGCGGCCAUCGUCAUCCUACUGCUGAAGAUCUGGAAGACGCGCUCCUGUGCUGGUAUUUCUGGGAAAAGCCAGCUCCUGUUUGCACUGGUCUUCACAACUCGUUACCUGGAUCUUUUUACUUCAUUCAUUUCGUUAUAUAAUACAUCUAUGAAGCUUAUCUACAUUGCCUGCUCCUACGCCACGGUGUACCUGAUCUACAUGAAGUUUAAGGCCACCUAUGAUGGAAAUCACGACACAUUCCGAGUGGAGUUUCUUGUGGUUCCUGUAGGAGGCCUCUCAUUCCUAGUCAACCAUGACUUCUCUCCUCUUGAGAUCUUGUGGACCUUCUCCAUCUACCUGGAGUCCGUGGCCAUCCUUCCACAGCUCUUCAUGAUCAGCAAGACCGGCGAGGCCGAGACCAUCACCACCCACUACCUCUUCUUCCUGGGUCUCUACCGUGCUCUCUACCUAGUCAACUGGAUCUGGCGCUUCUACUUCGAGGGUUUCUUUGAUCUCAUUGCUGUGGUGGCUGGUGUCGUCCAGACGAUUCUCUACUGCGACUUCUUCUACUUGUACAUCACAAAAGUACUCAAGGGAAAGAAGCUCAGCCUGCCAGCGUAAGUGCCAAAGACCAUCAGCAGCCUCUGCCCUCCAGGGUGCUCAGACAGGGUCUCACAUGGCGAAGGCUCGGGAUGCUCAGUGCGGAGAAGCAGACACGGCUUCUCCUGUGGCAGCCGCUCACUGGUGGCUCUUCGAGGAUGCAGAGGGAAGAGACCAGGAGGCUUCUGUCUACUGCAUCCUGCCUUAUCUUUUUUAUUACUAUGUACAAAGAUUUUUUUACACAAAGAAACUUAAUGCUGUGUUAAUAAAUUCAGUAUGUAGAUGAAUUGGGGCAGUUUCCAAAAGUGACGAUUUUGUGCAGAAUAAGUACAAGCCUCUUUUUAUUUUUUUGAAAAUUUGCUGAGGUGGUCAAUUCUUUGUGUCUACAAUGAAAUUAUACUCCUUGACACUUGGUAGAUUAUCCAAACAUCGUCAAAUUUUCAUGCUAUUUAUUUUAUUUCUUUUUUUUUUUUUUUUUUUUGCCAAAAGAUGAGUUGUGUUUGUUUGAAAUCUAAGACACUGUGUUCCAUUUGGUGUUUCUGUUCAAAUGCGUCCUCAUUGUCCUGGAAACCCUUCCCCAGAUGUCACACUACAUGUCAGGUCCAGGAGGAUGACUCGCAAGUCCUACAGGUUUCAUUACGAAAACUUCAAGGUUCCCAGUGGAAACCGUCAGCUGAUGCUCAUCAAAUGCUCGCCCUUCACCCCUGCGGGGGCGUGGCAGCUCAAGGUUAUCCAAGGGCCGAGAGCCACCACAUCCUCUGACUGUGAGAGGGUGGGGGGUGAUGGCUGUUUUGGACAGAGGACUCUGCUCCUCUGAGGCAUGGAACACAGAUAGCUACCUGUCAAUGUCAGGCACAAAUCCGAAGGAUCACUACAACCAUGUCAGACUCAAAUGUUUUCUCAUAGCACUUUUGGUGAUAAAUUGAUUGACAAUCUUUAAUUGGCAGCACCAGUUAUCAGUCCUUACAUUCUUUUUAGUAUUUUUUUUAAACUGGGCUCUUGCAUGACCUAUAUUGUGUUAACAUCCUAAAUAAACAUUUUAUUAAACAA